UAUUACAUACAAACCUUCAGUUUUUCAUCAUAUUUUGCAGGGAUUGGCGCCAGCUUUUGCGAAAAAGUAUUUGGAAAUAGGUAAGAGGAAGAAAAAAACAAUCAUUAAUCUCAAAACUGAAUCUGCUGUCAAAUGGAGCGUCAAAUACGUAAAGAUUGAAGACAGAUAUUACUUCAUGGAUGGAUGGCUCAAGUUUAUGAAGGACAAUCGUCUUCAAAUGGGAGACUUUCUUGUCUUUUGGUUAUGUUCUCCUUCUCCAAAUCUAAUGUUUCAGGUCUUCUUCUUUGCACCCAAUGGCUGCCUCAAACACCCAAUUAGCACUUCAGGUGUAGGUGAUGAUGAUUGGAUGAAACCCUUCGUCAAAGAAGAGGACAGUGAUGAUGAUGAUGAGGAAUUAUUGGGAAACGUGCAGAAGUUUGUGAGGGUUCUCAGGAUAUCCUACCUUCAUCGAAUGCCAUUGUCGAAUGCUAUUUUGAAUACAACUGGAAUCGAUGCGUACGCCUAUGUGUGGUUGAGAAAUGACGACGGAAAGUUAUGGAAAGUGGAGGUAGCCAAGCACGGCCAAAAGGGCCAGCCACGUCUAGCGAGAGGAUGGUCGGAUUUCAGGAAAGGUAAUAAAAUGAAGAUCCAAGACAUUUGUGAGAUCAGUCAUGUGAAGCACAACUUGCUGCAUGUUCAUGUGAUAAAGAAGCAGAAAAGGGAACGACCCUCAACAGGAAAAUGAUUGGAUUGAAUAGCUGGUUUCCUGAUUAUAUUUAAGAAUAGAUGUUAGAAUUAUAUCUUUAAUUAAGGAUGGCAAAUGAACGACUGAACCAGUAUAUUUUGAACACCGUUUUCAUUCAUGAAUCUUUUGGGUUAUCUUGCUGAUUGAAAUUGAUGUUGUAGGUUUACUUGGGCAGAUGAUAAGAUAUAUAAUAAAAAAUAGGUUGUGUUUAAUUAAUUA